ACGCUUGUCCUCGCCUCCAUUCCUCCUCAUCAAUCAACCCUCUCUCGCCUCGGACGCCCAUAAAAUUCCACUCCCCCUUCUUUAAAUUCCCUCACUUUCUCUCCAUCCAAACAAACCACAACACCAAAAAGAAAUGCCUACUCAAAUAUCCGAAUCCGAACAACAGCAACUCAUCGAAAAGCUCGACAUCUUCAGAAUCAAAGGCAGAGACAAGCGCGGGCGCUCUAUCCUUCGCGUCAUCGCCAAAUUCUUCCCAGCGAGGAUUGUGAGCGUGGAUGCUCUGCGCAAAUAUUUGGAGGAGAAAAUAUUUCCAGAAUUAGAGAAGAAGCCGUUCGCGGUGUUGUACGUGCACACCGGAGUUCAAAGGUGCGAGAACUUCCCCGGAAUCUCCGCCAUCCGAUCAAUCUACGACGCAAUCCCGAUCAACGUCAAGCGCAACCUCGAAGCUGUGUAUUUCCUCCACCCUGGCCUGCAAGCCCGCCUCUUCUUAGCCACCUUCGGCCGCUUCCUUUUCACCGGAGGGGUGUAUGGGAAGCUGAAGUACGUGAGCAGGCUCGAUUAUCUGUGGGAGCACGUGCGGAGGAGCGAGAUUGAGGUGCCUGAGUUCGUGUGCGAUCAUGAUGAGGACUUGGAGGACCGUCCGAUGAUGGACUACGGAUUGGAGAGCGAUCAUCCGAGGGUGUACGAUGCGCCCGCGGUUGAUUCGCCUGUGUCCAUGUACUCCAUGAGAUGCAUCUCAUAGUCAACAAUUAUUUAGGGUUAGAAGUUACAUCGGAUGUUUCCAUUGGGCCUUCCAGUUAGAGCAGUUAGCCAAUGUUUUAGUUGCAUCUUUAUUCUCUUUGUUACAAUUUCUUUAGAUAAAUACUUUUGUAUAAAUCCUAAAUCCAAAAUUUCAGUGUUCAUUAAUAGAGGACUUAUCUUCGGACUUACAAUUAA